UUUGAAAUACAUGUAAAGACCUUGUCAUUGCCGUUACUCCCCACCCCAAAACACACAUAAACACACAGACGCACGCAAACACACAGGCACGCGCCCCAUGCAAAUAUGCAUGUACGUGCGCACUCACUUCUUUAUUAAUGCACACCAACCACACACAUUUAAAUUAGCUCCACGCACGCCUGAUACAUAUGCGCGUCUCUCACAGUUGGUGUAAUGACCCUAUCAGUAACUGAACAAGCUCAGGUGUAGUAGCUCCAGGUAGAUAGUUAGGCAGCUGACCACACGUCUGUGUUGGCGGCUACUAAUUACAGUCACCAGAGCGUGAAUACGUCAACAGAAGGACCCUGGUGUCACGUUGAGUUGGCAGCUUGGACAAGAUUGUACAGCACGACUUUAAAGGACAAUGUUCAUGUAAAAAUCCAUUUCUCGAAUUUUGAAGAUACAGCACUCAAUCUAUACACUAGAGAUGACUACCUUGGCACAGUCAACGUUAUCAUAAAUCGAUUGGAGCUAUGGAGGCAAUCUAGAUAUAUGUCUAACUUAAAACCACUGAUAACAACACUGUAUCAAAAUGGGUGGACGAUAUUCAUUGGUUUCGAUCCUUAAUACCUACGUUGGGUUCUAUACUAAACCACCAACAGCAACAAAAAGUCGGGGGAAGCUAACGAAUGGCAGUGGCCCUGUAAAAAAUGGCAAAAAUAUAAACGGUGAAAAAUCUCAAAGCAGCACGCCUGAGGUUACUCUGUUACUUCAACCCAGUGUGACAGCGAAUGGCCAAGGGCAGUGUACAGAUUUAGUACCAAAGGACACGUGCGACAAUCCUGCUACAGAGUUAGUAAGAAACGGCGCGACAGAUGAUGGACAUUUCAUUCCCUUGGACAUAAAUUUACCGAGAAAUGGACUGAUGGGAGAUAUUGGUUGUCUUCGAUUUGAAGCCGAUUUUUCAGACACUGAGGCAGCAAAUUUAAAAAUCAAAGAUUUAUAUCCUGAAUCCCGACUUUUGAUAAACCCACAAGAGUAUGGUUUGCCUCAGAAGGUGAGACGUUUUAGGCACUAUUACUAUCUGAAGGGAGUAAGGAAAGUGGCCAACGGAAACCGGAAGUUACAUCUCACUACGGUCGCCACUACAACAAGGCUCGUGCGAACAUACCGAAUGACGGAAGCAGAACUCAUUAUCCUGAUCACAAAGAUCACCAGAAUUACACGUCGGUCGAGACGUGUUGAAAUGACACUGAAAGCAAAAGCAGACGACAGGCCUGAUGCCGUUGAUGCUGCAGAACCCAUCCAAAGUUUCAAUAACGAAACAUCCAGAAUUCUUCAUUCUAAUAAGCUGAUUGCAUUUGAAUACACACCCUUGAAGAACAGCAUCACAUGUUACUGAGGAUAUCACACUUCAACCAGUAAUAACAUGGGUUUAUAUUUCUGUAGAUAAAAUCGAUUUAUUAUGAAGGUGUUCAGCACAAAAUGAGUACAGUUGAAGUCUAUUGUAUACAAAAUGAUUGCACGCAAUUAUCCUAACGCCAUCAAUAUCUACAGCACGUGUUGUAGAAUUUUAGAAAAAGCACAGUACAUAAUCCAGUGAUCCAUUCUAUAUUGUUUAAAAUGAAGGAAUGUACAAUUUAGGACAUUUUCGUGUAUGAAAACUGAUAAAUAAAAACGAAAUGAUAGAUAAAGCAAAUAUAUCAACACAAAGCCAUGUACAUAAAUGCCAUAACGUUUAAUAAAUAGUCUGUGCUCCUUAAUUUCAAACUCAAAACUAAAUUUAAGUGAAACAGUACUUGUAACAUGCUAUCUCAUCGCUAGACAAGAACAGCAUUAAACCAUUUGAUGUAGAAAUUUGAGUUAUUUAAUUUUAGAUUUCCACAGAUCAUGCACUAAAAUCAUGUACUUACAAACAGUUUGAAUGAUAAUAUGCCAUACGUUUUGAAAUAAUAAAGUGGAAUAUAUCAGACAUUUUAACUA